AUGCAACUGAAUAGCAAUGUGACUGAGUUCAUUCUGCUUGGAUUGACACAGGAUCCUUUUUGGAAGAACAUAGUGUUUGUUAUUAUAUUUUUCUUCUACUUGGGGACAUUGUUGGGUAACUUGUUGAUUAUUACUACCAUCAAGACCAGCCGGGCACUUCAGAGCCCAAUGUACUUCUUUCUUUUCUACUUAUCCUUAUCUGACACCUGCUUCUCUACUUCCAUAGCCCCUAGAAUGAUUGUGGAUGCCCUUUCAAAGAAGAGCACUAUCUCUUUCAGCGAGUGCAUGAUCCAAGUCUUUACAUUCCAUUUCUUUGGCUGCCUGGAGAUCUUCAUCCUUAUCCUCAUGGCUGUUGACCGCUAUGUGGCCAUCUGUAAGCCCCUGCACUACAUGACCAUCAUGAACCACCGGGCCUGUGGUGUGUUGAUGGCUGCGGCCUGGGUGGGAUCUUGUGUGCAUUCUUUAGCUCAGAUUUUUCUUGCCCUGAGUUUGCCUUUCUGUGGCCCCAAUGUGAUCGAUCACUAUUUCUGUGACUUGCAGCCCUUGUUGAAACUUGCCUGUUCAGACACCUAUGUGGUCAGCCUACUCCUGGUUACCAACAGUGGGGCCAUUUGUACAGUGAGUUUUGUCAUGCUGAUGUUCUCCUAUGGCGUCAUCUUGCAUUCUCUGAGAAACCACAGUGCUGAAGGGAGAAAGAAAGCCCUUUCCACCUGUGUUUCCCACAUCAUUGUGGUCAUCUUGUUCUUUGGACCUUGCAUAUUUAUAUACACACGGCCUGCCACCACCUUCCCCAUGGAUAAGAUGAUAGCUGUGUUUUAUACACUUGGAACACCUUUGCUCAACCCUCUGAUUUAUACUCUGAGGAACACAGAAGUGAAAAGUGCCUUGAGGAAGCUGUGGAGCAAGAAACUGAUCUCAGAUAUAAAACCAUGAAUGAAGAUCUCAAAUCCUUCAUGAUAGUUUGGAGUGGCCCGGAAGAAGUCAAUAAAGAAUACUGUCUCUUUAUUAUUGAUUUAAUAUAACACUGUCUUGGAGCAUGAAUGUUAUUCCUUCAGGAAAAAAGACAGUAUGGAUAAAUAUCAUUGAUGAAUGUUAAGUCAGUUUUAUGUGGAGGAAGAGACUGCAUGAGGUACAAAGAGAUAACAUGACGUUCAUUGCCUUCACUGCUGUGUUUCUGGCUCUUGACGGCUGAAUGUCAUUUAUGGCUUUGGUCUGACGUUUGUCUGUUCUUCUCCAUGUUGACUUCUUCUGGAGUUCCCUGCUAAUAGUUACCCAUCAAUAUACUCACAGUCCAACAGGUUUUCCCUCUUCUGAAUGGUUUUCUUUAUUAGAUACUUUGGUUUUGUCAUGUCUGAUGAUCAACUUAGUUGUUCUACCUGACUCAGCAGAAAGUGUUAGAUUUAAAUAAGUGUAGAAGUUUCAUGUUGUAAAGGACAGUAUUUAUAACUUAAGCAAUCUCCCUUUCAAUUCCUUGAGUGAUAUGCUGAAAUCUUAGCAUAAGUUUUCAUAAGUGUACCUAAUUUUUCUACAAGAGCAAUGGAACCGAGAGAGAAAA